AUGGGUGAUGAUAUUGCAAGGACUAUUUGGACACCAUCAAUGACUCGUUAUUUCAUUGAGUUACUGAAAGAACAAGUUCUGAGAGGCCCAAGAGGGAAGAAGAAGAUGUCUGAUUCUGCACUUCGAAAACAAGUAUGGGCGCACAUUACUUCGAAAAUUUGGGGUUCAGUAUUCUUCUCAACAAUGGAUUUCUAUGGGACAGAACCAGACAUAUGGUGGUUGCUGCUCAUGAUAAUAUGUGGAAUACAUACAUUAAGGAUCGUCAAAAGUAGAGCUCAGUAUGAUAAGGAUGCAUUCUAUAAUCGUUUCAAAACACUGAGCAAACAAUAUCUUUGUCUUAGGGGACUUCUCGGCCAUGGUGGGUUGGAUUGGGAUAAAACACUACACAUGGUCAAAGCUGAUGCUCAUGUCUGGGAUGACUACGUCAAGGCACACCCAGACGCCAGGCAAUACCGAGUUAGGCCUGUGCCACAUUACGAAGAUUUAUGUAUAAUAUAUGAUAUCAGUGAAAGAAAUAACAAUCUUGGCUUAGAUCCAGUAGACAAUGUUCAGGAAGACUCUUCAUAUUUGAACAGUGAUAUACUUAAUCAGCAUAACAAACGUCUACUUAAGUCGCCAAUAGGUUCUGGAUACUCUAACAAACUGAAGAACAAAGACCAGAGUAUGAUUGAUGCUAUUCAAGAGAUGAGGAGUGCAGUCACUUUGUUGGCAGAGAAGACCGGAGAAAUGAGUGAUUAUGUCUCAACAGAAACUUGGAUGGCCGCACUUGGUGCUUUACCUGACACAGAUGAAGAACUAUUUUUUGACGCCUGUGAUUUUCUAGAGGUAGAUGCAAAGAGAGCGAAAACGUUUGUACUUUUAGAUGGAAGCCUUCAGAAGAAGUGGUUGUUAAGGAAACUUGGCUCUUCAUAG